GGUCGAUCACCUAAGUCAGCAUGUUGAUACUGAUCACUAUCCUAGUCGCACUCUUUUCUGGUAUCUAUUUGAUUGGCCAGCGACUUCUCUGGGGCCCGCUAAGCCAUAUUCCAGGACCGAAACUCGCAGCGCUUUCGGGGUUGUAUGAGUUCUACUAUGAUGUCGUCAGGAAGGGUCCUUUUACCUGGAAGAUUAAUGAGCUCCACGAUCGAUAUGGCGAAAUCGUCAGAAUCAGUCCGGUCGAGGUUCACAUCCGGGACUCAUCAUUUCUUGAUUCUGCGUUCCCACUCUCUCAUGCUCGCCCUGUCGAAAAAUGGCCACCAGCAAUGCGCAUGUUCGGGUCUCGGUCCAGGGCAGAAGCUACCAAAACGCAGGCCUAUCGAAACUCGUUACCGGGCAAGUUUUUCAGCAAGACUGCGGCAAACCUGCACGCUGCAAAGAUGCAAGCCAGACUUCGCCGUCUUGUUGCACGCCUCGAUCCUCUGAUAGGCACAGGCACGGUCGUAAAUCUCACAGAUGUUAUCGGAGGCUUGAUGCAGGAUUUCAUCUUGGAAUUAUGCUUCGGCUGUUGUCAUGAGAAUGUUGAUACGAAAGAUUUCGGCAGUCGUCAAUAUCAUAUGAACCUGGACCCACUUCGAUGGAUACAUUUCUAUGCCAAUAUCUUCCCACUCAUGCGUGUGGUUGAGAAACUUCCUUCUUCGAUACUGCGACUCGUUGCACCUGAGCUUGCCGAUCUUCCUCUGCUCAGGCAGCAGUGGCGCAGUCUGUUUCAGGAGAUGUUGGCUAGUAAGGACGAACAGCACAAUACACUGUUCGCUCAUUUGUAUAGGGAGAGCCCGAGCCUUGAUAUGCCUGGCAAUGAGGAACGUAUGAUAGGCGAGGCUGCGGCUUUUGUGGGUGCUGGGUCAUUGACGCCUACCGAGGCCAUCAAGAACACAAUUUAUUUCGUCUUCGCAGACGAGCGUGUUCGCGAUCUCGCCGUUACUGAGAUCGAACAAGCCUUCCUUUUCGAUGAUGUAGAAUUGGGACUGGAGAAGUUGCAAAAGCUUCCGUACCUGUCUGCGAUCAUGCACGAGUCCUUGCGCCUGAGUCACGGCGUACCUCAUCGUUUGCAGCGGAUCCAUAAGCAGACGCCAGUCUUGUACAAGUCACCGACAAGUGGGCAGGAAUAUCUCAUCCCUCCGGGCACGCCCGUAGGCAUGACGAGCAGUUUUGUUUGUGAAGAUCCAGCCAAGUUUCCAAAGCCAAGGGAGUUCUUGCCAGAGAGAUGGACCCACCUCUCACCACCCGAGCAGAUCAAGACCUUCCAGGAUGAGAUGAUAGUGUUCGGGAAGGGAGGUCGGAAUUGUGUUGGCAUUAACAUCGCGUACGCCGCCAUGUACACAGUAGUUGGUGCUUGGCUUCGUCGAUACGGCAAUUCUACACGAUUGCUCGACGUGGAACGCGCGCGAGAUAUUGAUGCUUCGCAUGACUUCUUCAUUGCCGGUGUGAGCAAAGCAAGUCCCGGUCUCCUCAUCUGCCUGGAGAGAUAG